AUGCCAAGGCGGCGUGCGGUUCCCUGAAAUACGGUAUGACGCUGUAUCUCUCGAAAAUUCUAAGCGUGUCGUGUGUUACGCAUGAGGGACCAUAUUUGUAAUGCGAUUUAGCGGAAUACGAAAAAAUAUAUAUAGUUAAAACGUGACCUUUGUCGCGUAUGGCUACACAUUCAGUGAUUUUUCAAAGCUGCGCCGUUUGUCCUUCAUUGGUAAAGAUGGUGGAUGUUUUUUAUUUGUGAUUCUCGUGACGAGGAGAGUCGCUGCUUGCAUGCCGGCGAGUCAGUGUGAAAAAGGCGGGAAAUGGUCGAACCGACGGAUGAUUACACUUGCCACGCGCUUCUGAACGUUAUGGAAUUCCAUCCUUUUCGACACGGCAUGAAUGAAAUUGUGAUACUGAAGAAGUAUGAAUGUGGUGAUGUACGAUAAAAUGGCGGGAAACUCAAACAAAACUCUACAAAUCCCGGGCAGUUCAACGGUCCUUGAUAAUCUUAUCACUCGCGAUCAGUCAGCAGAAGAGAAAUCAACACCAACUAAAAACAGACGCGGUGGUACGAAAAGACUUUCUACAUUUGAGAGAGCAGCGCAAGAAAGUAAAGAAAUUACAAAGAAUUUAAAUCCACCAACUGGAGAAAUGGAAGGUAGAAGACGUACUCGCAGUUCAGCUCGUGGUUUGACAUCGUCAUUACCAACACCAUCACCACCAAAGAAAGAAAAAAGAGAACCAGCAACUCCAAGAGGUACUGGACGUGGACGUGGACGUCCCAAAAGACAAGAGAAAAACAAUGAGAAUAAUACGGACGAGGAGGCUGCAAAUAAUAAAAGUGAAAAACAUUCUGAGGAAGAAUCUUCAAAGAUGGAAGUGGAGGAAAGUAAAGAAAGUAAAGACACAGAGGCAAUGGAAAGUGAAGACAAAACUAUAGAGGAGGUAGAGAGUAAAGAUACCACUGAUAAAUUGCCUGAAACAAAUUCCAAGGAAGACAAAGGAACGGAAGAAUCAGAGAAUUCUGCUGAAGAGUCUAAAAGCACUGGUGUCAGUGAAGAAAAGAAAGAUGAGGAUAUUAAGGACAGUUCAGACUCGAGUCAAGAUGCGACAGAUUCUACGGCAGAAGCACCACCAUCUUCAUCAGAAUCCCAAAAUCCAUCUAACAUCACUCCUUCUGAUGAAAAUAAGGAAUAACCUUCUUCCGCCUGUUUUACCACUAUCUCAUGUACCAAGGCGGCGCACACAUUGGGGUAUACAAAUCCAGACCCCAGGUCUAUUCUAACUAAUUGACACCUUCUUGUCAAUCGUUAUUCUAAUCAGCGCAUUUUGUUAUCGAUUAAUACAAUGAUUUGACACUCAGACAUAUUUGUUUGAAUUAUUCAUAACAGUAAAAAAUACUUUAUUUACAUGUAUUUCUUGAUGCAUGUAACUUUUUUAAUUGGAUUUUAUUUGUUAUAGUAUAGAAAACACCUUUGCGUUGAUUAGACAGUGAUUGCAAUUAAAGGUGUGGAGCAUAUGUUGUUCAUGUACAAUGAUAAUAUUAUUGUAAAAUAUAUUUAAUAUGGACUUAUAUAGAGAGAAGUUGAUUUCAAAUCAGAACUGAAGUAGAAGCAUUAAAACCAGUUUUCUGUUCAGAUCUGAUAUGAAAAUAACUGAAAUUAAUUCGUACAUAGCAAAUUACUGUAAUAUCUUACUUAUAUAAAUGAUGACUGAAUGAUACGGAAUAUAUGAGAAUUAUGGUGAAUUGAUUUCUCUUUUGCAUGGAAUGCAGAAAUAAACUUUCUGAGAAAUGUGUGGGAACGUAAUCUAUUAUGUGUCCUUCCUUUUGUAAUGUUACUAAUGUUAACCAAUCUUUUAUUCACUUCCAUUCUUUUUAUGUGACUAAUGCUUCUAUAAAGUAUGUAUUUUAUUAUAGUAUUGUAGUAUUUUUUGAACAAAGUAUAAAUUUAUAAUUUAAAUUUCUCUAGUUUCAAAUUUAAUUUUUGCUGAAUUGUACAAUAAGCAUCAUGUUUAUAAAAGAUCUAACAACAGGCUUACAUUUUACUUCUACUGGUCCAUUAUUAAAUAUGUUAAUAUUAUUGUGUGUGUAUUUGAACGGUUGUGAAUGUACAGAUAGAUUAUAUGAUUAAUACACUAUAUUUAGAAAAUCCACACUUGAUGAGACACCAAUAACAUGAAUUUAAAGAAACACUGUAAAGUAUAAUCAUGUGCAAUGGGAUGAAUAUUUAAGUUUAAAGGCAUAUAGAUCGUACAGUGGAGUCUUACAAUUAGAAUUUAAUAUUGUUAUUUUAUAUUGCAGGACUCUCAGAUCUCUGUAAGUUUGUCUACUACUUUGCAACAAUAUUGUAGUGGUUGUAAAAAGAAUUUAUUUAAAUUGUGUACCUUUAAGUACUGUGGAUAAACUUUGUCAUUCCAUGUUUCCUUGUCUCUUUCUUUUUUUUUUCUUUUUUUUUCUUUUUAAAUCAUAAAAAAUAUUUCACGUAUUUGACAAGAAAUUUUUGAAUUGGAAAAAUUAAAGUCAAAUGUCAUGCAUGUGUAAAUAAUUGAUAUAGCUGUGUGUGGCAAUUGACUUUAUCUUUAUUGUCUUAUAAAACCACAGUUGCAUAAGUACUCUGUUGUAUAGUAUGAGCGUAGAUUAAUGUUUUACUAACUAAAUCAAAACAGAUCGUAUAGUAGCGAGACACGUUAAUACGUUUUUUAAACAUAUAGAAUAAUAAAUAAUUUAGGGAGAAUGUGGAAUGAAGUGCACAGUGGUUUGAUAUUAAGACUUUUACAAUACAAUACUCUGAUCAAAAUAAAAAUAUAAAUAAGUAAUCUUUUAAAAAGGAAAACUAAAAUCUGAUCAUAAGUGUUCCAAAUUGACCAAAUUACUUGUUAACAUUUUUUAUGUUUUGCACAAAUUUAAUUACUUUACCCUAAAAUUCUAAAUAGUCUUUCGUGCUUAGUAUUGUUCAAUGUAGAAAACAUGUUCCUUUUUUAAUAGCUACACUCAAUGGAUAUGUUAUAUUUCAUUAGUUUUCUAUAAAUUUAUCAUUGUAUUGUUAACAGAUAAAUUAUAUUAAAAACAAUAUUUAUGUAUCUUAUAAUUCAUAUUAUUGCUCAAUAUCUUACAUUAUAAAAUAUUAAAAUAUGAAUUCAGUACAAGUAUGGAAACAAGCUCAAAACUCUAUCCAACAUAUAAGCUCCUAAAAUAUUGUGUAAGAUUUAAAAACAUGUCACAAAUUUAAUAUUGGAGGGUAAGUUUUAGUGUCUCGUUGAGUGCGGCUUAGAAUUAGUGUGUGUAUAUAUACAUAUAUGUAUGUGUAUAUGUCUAUAUAUAUAUAUAUAUGUGUAUAUAUACACACACAUAUUAGAUAAAUAAUUGAUAUGCUAAAAGCAGUGAAUUUAUGAGCUUGUCCUCUAAUAGAUAUAUCUUUUAUAAGGCAAGCAUUACAAGAUAUAUGAAACAAAUAUUAGCAUUUUAUCUUAUUAAUAGCGAAGGUAAUACAAAUUAUUAAGAAUUAAAUUGUGAAUGUAAGACAGGCAAUAGUUUUUAUACUGUGUAUCUCUUGGUUCGGGUCAAAUUUUAUAGUGAAUUUAUUGUGUAGCUUAUGCAGUGACAUGCAAUUGUUUAUAAUUCUUCCUAGGUACACCAUAGAGAGUGUGUACCUAAGUGCUCAUAUAAUCUAUUACUCUAUUGCUAUUUCUAUUAUAAUAAGACUUCAAAAUGCAAAUGAUUGCGGUUAUCAUGGGGAGAUUUGAUCCACUUUUGUAACAAAACUGCUUCUAUCAAUAAAAUUAAUAAAACAUGUAUGAUAAUACACUUAGUA